AUGACCCGCCUUUUCGGCAUCCGGGCCGUAUGCGACGGCUGUCUAUCCGCCGCCGCCAAUGUCUUUUGCGUCAACCACGGUACCGUCGUAUGUUUCUCCUGCGACGAUAAACAACAUGCCUCCCCGCACACGGCCUCUCACCAGCGCGUCGAUCUCUCCUCUGCCGUCACAGCCCUUCCCUUUUGCGAGCGCUGUGACGAUGCUCCGGCAACACUCUACUGCGAGUCCGAGGGGACCACCUUUUGUGAUAAAUGUGACUGCGUCUCUCAUGCCUCGCACACCUCGCCUCCGCACUGCCGAACUCCUAUUUCGAGCACUCUUCGCCAUCGACAGGUUGAGUGUCGUGGACUUCUCGACAACCGCGCCUCAUCUGUCUACCAAGUCUCCUCCUCUCCAUCUUUCCCUGCUUCCACACCCACCAAAACUAUCUCACCUGGAUUCUGCCAAGAACGGAAACGAUUGCCAGACGCGGCGGAGGGCGCUCAUGUGCGCUCAUGUGCGGCGCUCGUCCGCGACGGCGCGGGCGCGCUCCCAAACGGCCAGGGCUGA